GCGGGCGCGCGGGGCGAGCUUCCGGUGUCCCUCGGCUCGGCAGCUUGUUUGGAUGCUGCCGUCACAUCAUGGCGACGCGCGGAGCGGAGGCAGCGCGCGGGGGAGGCAGCAGCAGCAGUAGCGGCGGCAGCAGCGCGGCGGCGGGACAGAGCCGGCGCCAGAGCCAGAGCGGCGAGGAGGCGGCGGCAGCGGCUAGGAGCGGCAGCCCGGAGUUGUCUGGUGAUGCAAUGGAAGAAGCCGGAUCUCAGGAGAUGGGAACGAAUAACCAAGAUCAGCUGGUGAACAGCAAGUGCAAUGAAUUGUCUGAUAGAGCAUUGCAGCAUGUGCAGUCCAACUGUUAUGGCCUGGAAAACACGGGCACGCUGGAAGAAGCUGAGUAUAUCACAAAGAGCAGAAAGCAUUCAGAGUCCACGUGCUGCUCUCAAGAAUCUCGUGAGGAGACUCCUGGGAGAGAAGAAGCCCGUACUGAUCCACCUGAUGGCCAACAAGAUCCAGAGAGUGAAAAACACAAAGAGAAAACUUUGGGAAAAGAAGUGCUGUUAUUAAUGCAAGCCUUGAACACACUUUCUACUCCAGAGGAAAAGCUGGCUGCUUUGUGCAAGAAGUAUGCUGAUCUGUUGGAGGAGAGCCGGAAUGUUCAAAAGCAGAUGAAGAUACUACAAAAGAAGCAAGCACAAGUUGUGAAGGAGAAAGUCCACUUGCAGAGUGAGCAUAGCAAGGCCAUUUUGGCACGUAGCAAACUGGAAUCUCUCUGUCGGGAGCUUCAGCGUCAUAACAAGACUUUGAAGGAAGAAAACAUGCAGCAAGCACGAGAAGAAGAAGAAAGACGGAAAGAAGCAACUGCCCACUUCCAGAUUACGCUGAACGAAAUUCAGGCUCAACUGGAACAGCACGAUAUACAUAAUGCCAAGCUCCGUCAGGAAAACAUUGAAUUGGGAGAAAAACUGAAGAAACUCAUUGAGCAGUAUGCAUUGCGAGAAGAGCAUAUUGAUAAAGUGUUCAAGCAUAAAGAACUGCAGCAGCAACUUGUGGAUGCCAAACUUCAGCAAACUACCCAACUUAUUAAAGAAGCAGAGGAAAAACAUCAGCGAGAAAGGGAGUUUCUGCUAAAAGAAGCUACUGAGUCCAGGCACAAAUGUGAACAGAUGAAGCAACAGGAAGCUCAGCUGAAGCAGCAGCUUUCUCUUUACAUGGAUAAGUUUGAAGAAUUCCAGACCACCAUGGCAAAAAGCAACGAACUGUUUACAACCUUCAGGCAAGAAAUGGAGAAGAUGACAAAGAAGAUUAAGAAACUGGAAAAGGAAACCAUAGUGUGGCGUACAAAAUGGGAAAACAAUAACAAGGCUCUUCUGCAAAUGGCUGAAGAGAAAACAGUAAGAGAUAAAGAAUACAAGGGCUUUCAAAUAAAACUGGAGCGCUUGGAGAAGCUGUGCAGGGCCCUUCAGACAGAAAGGAACGAGCUGAAUGAGAAGGUGGAGGUCCUUAAGGAGCAGAUUUCUCUCAGAGAAGCAGAUGUGGAUCUAGCUGUGCAGGCGUUGCAGUCCUGCACACUCAAUUCCCAUGAGGAGCUGGGAACUCCCACUGACGUGGAACCGGGAAUCCAGCCCCACGUGGAGUCGUGUGUGGCGAACAGCUCCGAAAAGACUGUCUCAACAAGUCCUGUUCCUGGCACUGAAUCUGUAGACUAAAAUGAAGUGUAAACACUGUAUUGAGAGAUAUAUUUUGUGUAUAACUUUCUCUGUUGGUGGUAACUAUUUGGUUUUGUGGUGAAAAUUUUCUUACUUUUUCUACCAUAUCUGUAUUUUCUUAGAACUACUGGACUUAUGUGGUACAGGAAGCUGCAUAGCAGCUUUAAAUAGCUUAAACUAUAAAUUUUCCACAACUGUGUUGCACAUCUGCCUCAUUUUUUUAAAAGAAAAUAUUUUUCCAUAAAAGAAUGCAUGUGCGUUUCCUCCCCACAACACGAAUCACUGUUGUGGAAGGCCGUGUACAGAUACAACAUCGUUUUGGGGAAAUUUGUGACAGUGGGUCACUUUAUUUUUUUUUGGUUUUAAAGAACAGCAUUCUGGUUUUGUUCAUGGAUUUGCCACUCAGUAUACUAAACAUUACCAACUUUUUUUUUUGAGUAAAUUGAUCUACGUAAAGAUAUCUGAUGGCCAGUAAAAGAAAAAGUCAGCUUUCCCUUAUAGUAUGUUUUCAUAGCUAUGAAUGAAAAAGCAAAGGUCCAGCGUAUAGUAAAAGAUACAUUUAAAGGGUUUUAUGUACUUUGUGGUAUGGAAAAAAAAAAAACAAACCAGCUUGGAAAUCCAUUAAUUUGCAGCUGGUGAAACAGGGUGUACAACUUUUUGCAGACUUCUCAGGGUCGUGUUUGUAGAGGUUAGUUGGGACUAUCUGCCCUACCUGUGAACGUGUUUAAAUUACAAAUGUGUGAGAAAGAGUGUGCAGCGAUGUUUACCGAGUGGAGUUGUGCAGUUGCGUAGCCUCUCGCACAGGUGUUGGUCACGUUCUUCUCUCUUAGCUGCAGUGUGUCCAGCACAUCGUUAUCCUGACUAGAGAAAUGCAUGACUGCCUGGACAAAUCUCUGGAUUAUCUGAAGGGCUGGAUAAUAGACGUUUACUGAUGAAGGUGCGGAAGACAUGAUUUUGUGGCAUGCAGGCUUUCUCUAAUAGCAUGGUAUGCAAUGUAUUUAAGUGUUAGUUAAGUGUGUGCUGGUUAUAACUGAACAUAUGUAGAUUCAUAUACUUUUCCUGAAGUACAAUGUGGAAUUUCUUGCACACGCAACCUCAAAGCUGUACCAGCUGGCAGAGUGCCUUCCCAGUUAGGUUGUCUGGUAAAGAUGGUACUUCAGAUUUUUAUACUAACGUACCACAAGCAAAGCUCCCUUGUUUACCUUUAAACCAUGUAGUCCUUUCCUAGAAAAUUUGAUAUCCACAUUUCGACUUCUUCCCCUGAAAGAAACUAGGACCACCAUUUUGUUUGUGUUUUUUUUUGGCAAGGCAAGGUAUGAAGUAACUGCAAGCUGCCCUUAACUUCAGUUCCCAUGCUUUUACAUUUACUUUCUAGUUUUGGUUGCUGUCAUUUUAAGAAAUGCAAACGUGUGUAGCCUUCUUUGGUACUUAAAGUUCUUUGCACUUAACUUGGGAGGGAAUUUCUGAAUCAAGCACAUCUCUUGCUGAGCUUCCCACCCUUGUUGCCCGUGACAGUGUAGUGGCUAAAUUACUUGAAUGUUCAGGCUGCACUGACCUCCUGAUCCUUUUCCUGUAGUAUUGUACAUUGAAACAAUGUAGCUGUCUCUGAAAGAGAGUAAGGUUCCACAAGGCUUGACAGGUGUGUUUUUUUAGCUCAUGCCACUGGGAGGAACUGUACAAAACUGACAUUUCUGGAAUGGUGGAGGCCAAGGGGAAGUUGGCCAUCGUUCUCUUCCUCUUGUGCAGAUUUUGUGAUUGUGGUCCAAGCACAACGCAGGAGUGAAAACAAGGUAGCAGUGACCAGCCAGGCAAGUGAGACACAGAGCUUUGAAAUUGUUUUUUUUCAUGCUAACCACAUGGCUUAAAAAAAAAAAAAACCAAACUGGAAAGAAGUAUUUCAGACUUGCUUUUCAAAUGACUUGCUUUAUGGAAUCGAAGUGUUUAAAAUAUAGUUGUUGCAAGACCUGGUUUUCAGCUAACACUAAGCAUGAAGUAAUUUUCCUGAGGAAAAGUGAAAAACUUUGAUGCAUCGUACCCUUGGCAAGGUAGGACAUGCAGUUUUCUAUUUUUACAACUUAUUAUUUGGACAUUUGUAUCUAGCAAUUCUUUCUAUAGUGCUUGUUCUAUAUGGAGGCAAGAGUGAAUUUUUUGGACCCUGCUGCAAGAAUAUUUUCAAGGGCUUUUAGAGAAGACAGAUGUAUAGAUCAGCAAUACAAAGAUAUCUAUCUGUUACUGACUUACAUGUAAAGGAAGCAGAAUGCCCCAAGGUGAAAGGCUUUUAAAAAGGGGCGAUCUUUUCUCUUUCCUACCCUUAAUAUACCCAUAUCAUGUCAACUUAUCUGGCCACGGUGAGCUAUACUUUGCUUUCUGAAACCUGUUAAUACAGUUUCAUGCAUUGCUUAAAGAGUGGUGUUUGGGCAGGGGGGAGAGAACAACUAACACAAAAAAAUAACAGGCCACAAACAAACCCAACAAAUUCAUCCAAGGGAUAAGCUCAGCACCCUUAACUAAUCUGCCAUACAGCAGGCUAUUGCACUGCCAGUCUGCAGCCAAAUGGGCUCCAGGAGGGUUUGUAACUAACCUUGUAUUAAUGCCUUUCUCCCCGCUACCAUAAGCUGUUCAGCCUGGGCUGGAAACUGACAUAACCUGAAGUAAGUGUGUCUGAUUAUCAGAACUCCGGGGCCUGAUUGACCAUUUCACCAUGAUUAAGCUGCGAAAAGCUAAAUUCUGUGUGAUGGAAGACCCAAGUGUGUGUGUAUAUGUACACAAGUAAGUUAGGGCUGUAUCUCUAACGUUUUUGUCCUUCCUUUCAUUACACCUGGUUACGUUACAGUUCAAUUCUCAGGUGUUGCAGAAAAUCUACCUCUUUGGACUGUAGAUGGAAAUAACUGUGAAAAAAGUGAUGCAGAAAUCUAGUUUGUGCUAAACACACUGCUUUAUUUUUACAACCCAUGUCUGCUUUCAUGAGGAAAAAAAAAUGAUAAAUGAACAGGCAGUCUUUGUUUUGCUUUUCAAAAACAUUUUGUAGAGAUUUUUCACUAAUGUGAAUCUGAAAUUUUAUCUACUC